CCGUGUUGUGUAAAACAUCACUUAACAUGGCAUACUCGGAAAAAGAAAAAGAGUCUGUGCUUCCAUCUCGAGUAUCCAGCUGGACUAAUUCAACACAUCUUGACAUGUUGAGGGUGUUUUAUGCCCCAAAUGGCUUUGCAGAUCCCAGCGAUAUAUUCGAAAAGUUAAAUAAAACCAUGACAAGCAAAAGGCAAAUCUCUCCACUACCGAAAAGGGUUCAGUGUGUGAAGGAAUUUAUACUUGAUUAUGUAAAUUUCAGCAUUGUUGAUGAUGAAAACAGCUUGAGGACAGAUCCAGAGGUUACCAAAAAGUACAUAGUGGAGGUUGAAGAAUGCAUGAAGAAAUUAUCAUCUCUUGACAUCUUUGAAUACAUGAGGACAAAAGGCAUCCAGGAGCAUGAAUUGGAACUUAGAAGACUCCUCACAAAAGUUUAUGCAAAAUCUCAUGAUUUUUUGGAGAUGGUGAUCAAGUUCAUGAAAAUGAUGCUCUUACCUACUAGGCCAUUUAAAAGUGCAUACACAGAAUUAAUCAGAGUCUUUUCAAAUAUGUGUGAUUUGACUUCAGUCCCAGGGGACACAUUUAGAAGAUUAAUCACCUUGAAAGAUGAGGCAGUUGUAUGUCUGCCGGAUAUUAGAUACUUCCUGGAAGCACCAACCUCAGUAUCAGAUCCAAAGGAUUUACUUGUUUUGAAGAUUGCUGAGUUAAAGAGAGAAAAGAAAUGGGUGAAUAGAGAGGAUAAAGAUUUUAACAUAGUAAUGGAAGUUGAUGAUAAGGUGUUAGGCCAGCAUGGUGGAGAGUUGAUUGUAGAAAGUCCGUUUUCUUUCUUUAAGCCAUAUGUUCUUGGUGCUUUAUGCUUGAAAACUGAGAUUAUUUUUACAGUCCUUGAGAUGGAUAUCCAGCAUUUUGACAAACUUGUCAGCAAUGAAUACUUGACAUCAGAAAAGGCAUAUAUUUACUACACCAAACCAUACAACAUGAUGAUUGCAGAAGAGAGAGGAAUGCUGCUUGACUUACUGUUAAGACUCUCGCUCUUCCAAAGAAAUAUUCACUAACAUUGUGAAGGUCCAGUAACUCCAGAGAUCAGAAGAGUGCUACAUUUUACUUAUUCUGGUGGCUGUUACUUCACAAUUAGCAGAUGAACGGAAUCUUUGAAUAGUGUUUAAUUGUGACUGCAGAAUGUACCAUGAAACAAUUAUAAAACACAACAACAAAAAAUAUGUGUAAUUUCAAAAGAUGUGUUUUAACUAAACAAAAACACUUUGAAUUUAAAAGUAUAUAUGUACGACCGGUUAAUCUACAUGCUGCCAGAAAGAGCGAAAGUCCUUUUUGAGUGUAGACGCAUUUAUAUAGCACGUGCGCUACCCGAAAAAAGAAAUGUUACCUGUAUUUUCAGUAAUGUAUAUUUUUUUGUUCUACGAAUCAGAGUCAAAUUGAAAUAUUACAUAUGUAACAACAUGUUUUGGAGUAGGGGGUAUUCAAUACGGUAACUUUGGUCUUAUCGCAAUUUUGUGUAUAAAUGUUAAUGUAGGACUGAAGAGAGUUUUUGAUGUUUAACGAUUAUUCUCCUGUUAAACAUUUCAUCCUAUGUCAAAAAAAGAAAAUUAAAUUAUUCUAAAUAUCUAGAUUCUUUAGAUAUGAUUGAAGGAAAACUGACGAAAUGAAUUUUCUAUUCUCAUAAUUUUUUGUGGCUCUGUCUUUAUUGGUAUUCAUCAAACCUCGUUCCAAGGUGCAUUUAAAUUAAAAUUAUAGAGGUAGAGCAUAGGAAAGGAGUGAUAUUUUUUCUGUGGUUUCCUGUGGUUUUCAAUGACUUAAAUGAAGGAGAAAGAUGUAUAUUUGAACGUUUUGCAGAUAGUAUAACAAAGCAAUUGCGCAUUUCAAUGAUGGGUUGAUAUAGUUUUUACAGUGCUUUAUUAUGAGUAGAUAAAACAUGUUUCUGAACAAUACAGAUGUAUAAAUUGCUUACUUGCCACUGCUACGUAUUAUUGUAUAAUACGAGGGACUACCAUUUACUGAGACUGUAAAAUCGUAAAUCAAGUUCUGAAAAAAAAAAAUUAAAUGAAAUAACUAUGCUUUUAAAUCAGUCAUCAUAUUUAAAACCAGACAGAGGUCAGUGUAAGCUCUGAUAAUAUUUUUAUAAGAUACACUGUGUUUCAAUUUUACUACAAUUUCGGAAGAAAUUCUUGAUUUUGAUGUUUUGAUCUUGUUUAAAUAAACUUUUAUUAAGCUUAAAAAUUAAGGACGUCAUCUGUAUUUUGAUCAAGAAUAGAUGAAUUGUAUGGCGAAAUGCAUAUUUAAAUUAUUUCUUAUGCGAGUGCUGAGAUAACAAAUUUGGGAAUUAUCUAAGAAUGCGAAAAAUUAACAAUAAUAUUAACGACUUCGCUAAAAUUUGUCGCGCCGGUGUAUGUUAGGCAUCCAACAAACACUUUUCUAAUAAUUCUGCUUUAGAUGGGUAUAUUUUCGGUUGUUUAUUAUUUUUUGUUCCGAAGACAUAUUUAACAUAAGCAUCUCUCAAAUUUAGGAGAAAUGUUAUGUGUUCUUGGCAUAUUAUUUCUGUAAAUCGGGAAGACAAAAUUUUUAUUUUUACCUAUGGUUCUUAACUAAAUGAGUAUAGUUCUCAUUAGAACACAAUAUAAAUAAAACUAUAUUUCAUCUUUA